CAUUCAAAAAAUCGAUUCAAACUGCGUUGAAUAUGAUUUUUCUCUUGCUCAAAAAGAUGGCAUAAACUAUCAUAAAUCACAACAAAUUUAUCAAAUCAUAAUACUCUCCGUUGAAAAAUGACAGACCAAAAACCCUCGAGCCUCAACCACUACUUUGGUAGAGAUCCUGAGAAAGAACAAACCGAUUUCACCAAAGAACUUACAGAUGCCACAGACAAAAUAAGCAAUAUUAGGUUGGACAACAUCGAUAAAAACAGCCAAAAACAGGAACCACAAGUGUGCAGGAUCUUUUCUGAAACCUCUGUAGAACCCAAAGAUCCUACGGCAGCUUUUUUUGAUUUGAUUGGUAAUGAUGGAAGCAAGGGUUCAAGUGGAGGGAUUAUGUCUGAUUUAGGCCUACCUGUAAAGACUGAGGAGACAUACAUACCAAGAAUGACCACAAGUGCAGAAGCUGACCGUAGACGAGAUGCUUGGAUACCUAUAGAAAAAACUAGACAAGCGCUUAUUGCCAAUGCCACAGCUCCAGCAGGGAGCUAUGUACCUGAUUCCGAUUUAUUAACAAUGCCAGGGGUUUUGUUAGAAGAAGACUUGGGCGAUGCCAUAGGCGAAGCGGUGGGCAUAUGUUUAGGUGAAGCUGAAGCUGCUCAACGUCGUUCUUUGACAGCCUCAGAUGUGACACAAGAUGAACGAGGCCUGAGGGAGUUAGUACAGGCUGGUGCCUAUAGGGCAGCAAUUAAUCUUACGUCUAGGCUUCUCUCUAUUUAUGGGCAAGGUAGAGGAAGACAAGGUCAUUCCUCGAAACAUUCCCCUCAUUCGUUCCAGCUCUGGUUCACUCGGCUCGCUCUUCUAGUCAAAACCAAAGCCUACAAUAUCGCUCAAGCCGAAGCCCAACCUUUUGGCCAACUGGAAAAACCCGAUGUGUUUUACCAAUUUUAUCCUGACAUGUACGGAGGACGUCCUGGAUCUAUGGCAUCUUUCAGUUUUAGGCUCUUAUUAGCCGAGUUGCCAAUGCACUGUGGAAAACCUAAAGAAUCUUUGACGAAACUUUUUAGUAUUCUGUCUACAGUUAGAAAAAUGUUGGGGAAUUUGAAACAUGGACUUUGUGAAGAUGGCAAUCCAAUGGAAAUAGGAGAAAUGGAUAAAACAGACUCGAUUAAAUUAUGGAGCGGCAGAGAGGCCAGAGUCAUGCAUUCCAUAAUCAACUGUGCCAUUUCAGUGAAAGAUUACGAACUGGCCAUGGAAUUAUUAGGACAGCUUUGUGAGAGAGAUGGAGCUCCAAAACACGCACUUCUAUCAGCUCUGGGUCGUUUACAUCUACAAAUGGGAAAUAUUCCAGGAGCUGAGGUGUGUUUUCAAGAAGCUUCUCAAUUAGGCCCUGCAGGAGUCCGAGAUAUGAUCGAUAAGGGCCUAUUAGCAAUUGCUCAGAAUAAUUUCGACGAUGCCUACGUCGCCUUUCAACAGGCUAGCAAUCUUGAGCCAUCGAACAUAAUGAUUCUCAACAACAUGGGCGUUUGCUUGCUCUACGGAGGUCACCUAAAAGAAGCUAUAGCAGUGCUAGAGUCGGCUAUUGCUUCCAAUCCUAUGCAUGCUCUACACGAGUCGUUAAUUCUCAAUUUAUGUACUCUGUACGAUAUGGAGUCCUCAAAAGGCAUUACGAAAAAGUUUGCUCUUCUAAGGCAAAUUUCAAAAUACAGCGCAGACGCCCCUACAGCUAUUUUGGAGAAACUUUACGGGUGAGGAAGGGCAGGGGUGUUUUUUGAUUGAUCGAUUUAGUAUCAAUUUUUGAAAUAUCGAUAUAGCGUCCAAUUUAUUAGACUUGCCUCUUGGCAGCCAAAUAGUAUUUGAGAAAAAUAUAAAUUUUAUCUUGAUUGUUAUCUAUUUAUUUUGUUUUGUUAAAAGUUUAAAGGUUUAGAGAAUUAGGAAACUGUUUACACAAAUGUGUUAAUAAUAGAGGAAUAAUAAAAGUAUGUAAUUUAAAAAAAUAGGACCAACUAUAUUAGAUACAGGGAGGUUUAAAAAUAUCCAAAUAGCUAGGCUUCUAAGGACCAUAGUUUUAACCUUAUUAACCUUUCUAUGAAAAUAAUAUAGCGGAUUCAAUUGGUAAUGUUAGUUAGUGCGAAUGGUGUCUAUUCGUUUCCUCUUUUGCCAAUGUGUAGAAAAAAAAAUGAAAACUCAUUAUUUUUUUCACUUUUCUCCUAAUGGAAUUUUAUAUUUAUAUAUAUAAACAUAAUGUAUGUAUUUUAAAAUUUGAUUUUAUAUUUUCCUGAAUAUUUUUGCUCAGCAUGUGAUUUCUCAAUAAUGUAUUUUAAACUUUGUGUCAAUAUUUGUCUAAAAUAAACUGAACUAUAUUUGAACAAUGUGUCAUUUAUUUAUUGCCAUCUUUUUGGAAUAUUAGGAAGCACCUCUCUUCUGAAAGUUUUAGUCGUCUCAUCUUUUUCUUUACUGUUGGACCUCUCUCUGCGUUUUGAAUUAUCUUUAUCCUCUUUCUCGUAUUUUCUCCUUUUGACUUUUUCCUCACUACUAUCCCGCCUCUCAUUUCUCUUCUUUUUAUUCCUAUCCUUACUAGUUUCCCUUCUUUUUCUAGACCUCCUAUCAUCCUCUGAAUCACUACUUGAAGCAUCCUUUUUGGAUUUUUUCUUUUUAUUUUUCUUUUGUUUUUUCUCUUUUUUAACAUUUUCAUCAUCCGAAGCUUUUUCUUGUUUAACAUAUAUCGGCAAUCUAGCAGGCAGUUUUAUUUCACCUUCUAUUUGAUCCACUAAAGUUUCUCUAAAAUAACCCUGAUCAGGAAUUUCUUUUUUCAUUGCAACAGGAACUGUAGCUGGUUUUGGAGUUGGAGCACAACCUUCUGCAUGUAAUUUUUUGGUUUCAUUGGUGGCCUUUUUGUCAUCUUUUGGAACCUGUAACACAAUAUUCAAUUAAUACAUUUGAUUUUUCUUUCAAAUAUCACAAAACCUGAUG